UCCUACCAACCUUUUUUCCCGACGUCAUAUAUAAUGUCCCACUGACUCCUGCCGAGGAUCUUCAUGUGGUAGCAAACUGCUGUCUCCUUCGUACACCACAACAAAAAAAAGAACUUCCACAGAAGGCGAGGACAUGUUUAAGCCAGUCAUCUUCGCCGUGCUCGGCCUGAGUCUCGGGCUGGUUAAUGCGUUCCCCACUCAGGACCCGGACGGUGGGAAGAACUGGGUGGUUAUCGUAGCUGGCUCAAAUGGCUGGUACAACUACAGGCACCAGGCUGAUGCUUGCCAUGCCUACCAGAUUGUCCACAGGAAUGGCAUCCCAGAUGAGCAGAUUGUGGUUAUGAUGUACGAUGACCUGGCCCAUAGUGAGGAUAACCCCACCCCUGGGAUAGUGAUUAACAGGCCAAAUGGCACAGAUGUGUACAAGGGAGUUCCGAAAGACUACACCGGGGAUGCAGUGACCCCACAAAACUUCUUGGCAGUGCUGAAGGGUGACUCCUCAAAAGUCACAGGUGGCUCUGGAAAAGUGUUGAAGAGCGGCCCCAACGAUCACGUGUUUGUGUACUUUACCGACCACGGGGGCCCUGGAAUACUUGCCUUUCCCAAUGAUGAUCUCAAUGUUGCAGACCUCCAAGAAACCAUUAAAUACAUGCACGAAAAUAAGAAAUACAACAAGAUGGUGUUCUACAUCGAGGCAUGUGAGUCCGGGUCAAUGAUGACCGACCUACCUGCUGACAUAGACGUGUACGCCACCACAGCAGCCAACUCCGAGGAGUCCUCUUACGCCUGCUACUAUGACGAGAAGAGGGACACAUACCUGGGAGACUGGUACAGCGUUAACUGGAUGGAGGACUCCGAUGUGGAGGACCUGAAAAAGGAAACUUUGACGAAGCAGUUUAAGAUCGUAAAGAGCCACACAAACACCAGCCACGUCCAGCAGUUUGGAAACAAGACUAUGGGCCACAUGAAGGUCAUAGCGUUUCAGGGUAACCGCAAGGCCAGCGGCCAACCCGCUCCUCCAAUGAACCUGCAGCCGGUUCAAAAUCCUGAUCUGACCCCGAGCCCCGACGUUCCUCUGGCCAUCCUCAAGAGGAAGAUGAUGUCCACCAACGAUCUCGCAGUUGCGAGGGGGCUGCUGAUGGAGAUCAGCACCCACCUCAAGGUCCGGGAGAUGCUGGCUGAUACUAUGCGCCAAGUGGUCCAGAGGGUGACUGGUAACCACCUCAAAGCUGAGGAUGUUCUCAACGACAGAGCCAAACUCACCCAGCAUCAGUGCUACAAGGCUGCAGUCAACCACUACAAAUACAACUGCUUCAACUGGCACAAAACUCAGUAUGAAUACGCUCUGAGACAUCUGUACGCUCUGGUGAACCUGUGUGAGAGAGGAUACUCUGCUGACAGCAUCAAGCUGGCCAUGGACUCUGUGUGUAAAGGUCUUUACUAAACUGUGAAAGUCUCCCAUCAAACACCUUCUUUCAUUUGGGAAGGCCUGAGAAGACGGAGCUUCUUUUUGCACUGCUUAUGAAUCAAUCUGACGUGGAAUUGACGUUAUUGUUUUAUCAACACACUAAUUUUUUUUCUUUUUUAUCAAACUUGUGAUGUGUUUUUGAUUUUACAGAGAACUUUUUAACUUGUUUUAUGGUAUCACUAUCAAAGGUUUAUGGAUGAUAUUUUACUGUUUCUUAUUUUAUUUUUAUUUUUUUUCUUAAGGACAUAGGAUAGACAAUUAUAACAUGGAAUUCAUGUACAUUUAUUUUUGCUCUUUGCCAUAUUUGUGGUAAGGACGGCCUGGCAUGAAUGGUUGAUUGACAUGUAAAGGACAUACCACUGAACAUUGAAUGUUUGUUCAACCUCAAGAGUCUUUGUUGUAACACACUGGGAUCUUGAAAUAAAUCUGAAAGAUCAAAACUG